CAGGGAGAUGCGGUGGACGACAACAGCUGCUGCUGAUGGAGUCUGACCAUGGAUGAGGACCUCAGCCCUGACGAUGAAAAUGUAAACCUCGUCUUGGCUCAGGAAUCCUCCGAACUGUUCCACAUCCUCAUCAGUCAGUCGUCCACCAUCAUAAUGCAGUUGUGCCAAAUGAUGCCCGGUGGCACGAUGGACCCCCCUCGCUCCUCUGCAGCAAUUAUCAAAGAUGUGUUGGAGUAUUUCAGCAUGGCCGAACCUGCAGAUUGCCGCAACUUCCUCCAAAGCAUGUGCAUCCUGUGUGAGAAUAUCCCCAUGCGCCUGGAAUCAAGGCUAAUGUCCGCAGCCGGAUAUUCAAACAAUGUUUGUGAGAAUUCCAGACCCAGUGUAACGAAUGAAGAGCCGCCAUCGUUGCAUUCCGAGCCGCAGCUUAUCAAACGCCCACGGAUUGACUACUGGGAGCAGUACAUUGCUUCAGUGAUGAGUUUAAUACUGAGGAGGUGGGAGCGACUGAGUGCAGCCAUUGUGAAGGAGGUCGAGCUGGAGAACGUGUGGGUCAACCUAAGGAUGGUAACCAGAGGCAGGGACAGACCUGAUCAGACCCCUGGACUGACAGACAGAGGGAGCAGAACACCAGAGCCUGAUGGAGAUUUUGGGUCUUUGGAGUCCAGAGUGACCCUGGAGACCUUCCUCCAGGGAUGUGCAGGAAAGGUGACGGUUGUCGUCGGGCCGGCUGGAUCAGGAAAAACUCUGCUGACGUCUUGUAUAGGUCAGCAGUGGGCACGCGGCCUUGGCCCAAUCCCUUCAUCCUACCUGUUUGUCCUGUUAGAGUUUCGUCUGCUCAAUCUCUUGUCCAGCCCCCUCUCCCUGUCCGAGCUGCUAUUCCAACACUACCUCCCUCCAAAAGGAAGCGAUGAAGAAAAGAGAGCCGUUGUGGAUUACCUCCUUUCCAACCCAGAGCAAAGCUGUUGGGUGCUCGAUGGCUAUGAUGAGUUUGACUGCAAAGUCACCAGACAAGAGGUGCCGGGAGAACGGUUGGACCCAGGAAAACCUAUGCCCGUCGCCAACCUCAUCUCAGCAUUAUUAUAUCGUCAGCUUCUCCCAGGAUGCACUGUGCUGGUCACCUGUCGCGUACAUGGUGUCAUGGAUUUGGAGGACGUAUCGGAUAAAGUGGGGCAGCUGAUGGGAUGGGACUGCCAUCAGAUCAAGGAGCAUGUGGACAACUUCUUUGGAGUAAAAGGUGACUCCAUAAACAGAGCCCUUGGAUUGCAGGCUGCAGACCUCCUCCUCUCCAGCCAACACCUCCUGUCCCUGUCGUACCUCCCAGCCCUCUGCAACAUCUGCUGCAUCUGUCUGAAGCAUCUGCUGCUGGAAGAUAAAGAGGAGGAAACAACAACGUCACAAGUCCUGAUUCCCGCCACUCUCACUCAGGUCUACCUCAAUGUUGUCUGUGCAUUCCUGAGCCGAGACCUUGAUGAAAGAGGAAAAACUGUCAAAGCAAAGACCACGAAAUCCACAAAGUCUCUACAGAGAUUCACCGCUCUGAGUCAGAAUGGAUCUGAGCUAUGUGAGCUAAGUCGACUGGCCUGGACAGGUUUAGAGGAGAGCAAGAUCCUCUUCUUGAAAGAUGAUGUUCCUCAAAAUGUUUUGGAUUUUUCCAUCAGGACAGGCCUCCUCUCACAGGUGGAGCUCAGACUUGAGAACGGGACGCCUGCCUACUCUUUCAUUCAUCUAACAAUACAGGAAUUUUUGGCUGCACUCAGGAUCAUGACUAGUAAAGAUGUCACUGACACGCAGCUCAAGAAAAGAUUCAGUCUGAAAACCCGUUGGACGACCAGGUCAGACCAGAGGACAGUGUUCACUGACUCUCUGCACCUAUAUGUGUGUGGUCUGGCUUCCCAGCACUGCACUCCAGCCUUAGUUCGAUUAGCCAGAGCUUCUGGUCAAACAGGUGAACUGAGUUGGGUCCAAAAACGACAAGCCCUUGUUCUGAAACUGCUCAGCAACCUGUGCCACAGCCAGAACCUGACUGGACCCAAGAUACUGGAGCUAUGCCACUGCAUCCAGGAGAGCCAGGAACACAAACUUGCCAAAGAGGUUGUGGGUACAAGAUCCACUCUGGAGCUGCGCAACAUCCACCUGUUACCUAAAGAUAUUGAUGCUCUGGCAUUUCUAGUUAACUCAGUAGGUGAUAUAAGCAUUGGUUUGGACUUUGGAGCAUGCUCAAUGGAGCCAGAGUGUUUAGAUGUCCUGCCAAGGUUCAUUCCCCACCUCAGUUUUCGCAGCCGCAGAUAUGGCGACAGGUUUGCAGAGAAGUUGUCCUCCAUUUUGCCUGAAUUCACAACCCUGAGAAAACUUGAGUUUUGUGGUUCCAGUCUGACUGACAGAGGAGCAGCUUGUUUGGCUUCUGCUCUGGAGAAGUGUCCACACAUCACUGAGCUCAAUUUCAGUGGCAACAGCCUGAAAGACAAAGGGAUCAAACACGUGGCUGAUAUCUUUACCAAACUACCAAAACUGGUGUCUGUCAUCCUGAGUUGUAACAACAGCUCCCUGAAAACUGUGGACUAUCUCGUUGGAAAAAUGUCUUCGUGUUUGAACAUCCGGCAUGUUUACGCAGAUGCGUCGAAAGAAGUGACAGUAACUUUCUCCCAAACCUCAGAUAUGGAGAGCCAUGAAAAGUCUGAAACAACAGUCCGCUUGUUGAACCAGAAAUGGAACAAGUCUGAGAUGCAGAAAGUUGCCAGUUCACUGGCUUGUUGUCCUUCUCUGUCUGUCCUGGAUUUGUCUGGAGGCAAGUGGGAUUUGGAAACUCUAAAGAAACUGACUCAGUUUUUGCCAAAGUUAAAUGUCACCGACAAGAUCAUUCUCAACGACAGCUGCUCGUCAGUGAAAGACCUGUUGGUUCUGACUGCUCUGCUGUCUCGUUGCCCUACUGUGAUGGAGCUUCACAUCAGACUACAGUCUGAUACAGAUCCUGCUCCGGUGUCUAUACUUUUCUCUGGAGGGAGCGAAGAGCCUGCAAACAAUAAAACACUCAGUCUCAGCUGCUGUGGUCUGCUUCAUACUGAUCUGACCAGAGUGUGGAGGAGUUUGGAGACGUCCUGUGAUCUCACUGUGCUGGAUUUGUCCAGCAACCAGUUGGGAAACCAAGGUCUGAGGAAGCUGCUGGAUGUCCUGCCUCGUUUUAGCAAAAUCCAGGAAAUCAAUGCCAGUAACAACGGCAUCGGAAUGGAGGGAGUGGUGAUGUUGGCUGGUGCUUUGUGCUCCAGGAACAAUUUAACAGAGAUCCACAUCAGUGAGGGGGGGAGGGAGCAGGUGAUCCUGAAGUUCUGCUCUGACCAAAGCGAUGAGACACAGCAGCUCAAGAAGUUCAGGAUAAAGAACAGCAGCCUCCUGCCCUCUAAUGUCACCGCACUAUGCAGGAGACUGGUCCAGUGUGGCUCCUCCUUGGAGUUGGAUUUGUGUCACUGUUCACUGAAAGACGAGGCGAUCAAGAACCUGCUCAAGGUUUUACCAAAGAUGGCGUCGCUGCAGAGACUCAAUGUCAGCUACAGCAUCACCUCAACAACCGGCGCACUGACCAUGGUCCGGUGUUUGACGGACAGUCCAUGCGUCACAUCUUUAGCACUCAGGUCUCAGGGUGAAGGUUUCGUCCAUUUUGGCAGAGUGAAGGCAGAACAAGUCAGCUGCAGGUUAACUCAUUUUAACCUGUCCAGUGACAACAUGGAGCGGCUGAUGAAGAUCCUGCAGCAGGUUCAUCAGCUGUGUGACCUGGAUUUAUCGAGCAACCAACUGAGGGAUGAAGGAGUGAAGUGUUUAACUGAUUCUCUUCCGAUGCUUAAAAUCAACAGCCUCGUCAAUCUGAGCAACAACAGCCUGACCCAGCAGGGACUGUUGGAUGUGGCCGGGUCACUUUGCACCUGUGAUAACGUCAGUGCUGUAGAAGUCAGUCUGGGAGCAGAAGAGAGGUGUCUUCUCUGGUUCAGACAAUACGGAGGUUGUGAAAAAACUCUGAGCGUCAGGGACGGUGACCUGGAACGCAAGCAUCUGAACAGAUUAGCAGAGAUCGUGUCUGAUUGUCCUCAUCUGACCAAACUGGAGUUCAAGAAUAAUUCAUUGGAGUCUGAGUGGAUUGAAGACUUUGUGAGAGUGGUGAGCAUCGGGCAGAGAGGAUGCAGCAUCAGUUUUGACGAGCCUUGGAUCAGAGAUGAAAAAGCUGUGAGUUUAGUUUGUCGCUGUCUGGAGCUCAAAGACAACAUUCAGACAAUCAGGAUGCAACACACCACACUGCACCUGUUUCUGAUGAGAUCCACUGGACCGGCUUCAGUCGGCCCUGCAGACUGUAAAGUCGAGCGACGUCAGCUGUCUCCUCUGAAGAGCGACGUCCAAAUGUGUCCUUUACUGACAGAGCUGGAUUUUUCCCACAACCGCCUGGGUGCAGAGGGAGUGGAGUCUCUCUGCUCUGUUCUGCCCUCGCUGCCAAAACUCACCUCUCUCAGUGUUGUUUUCGAAGAAACGUGUCAGACUGUGGUUGAGAAGCUCUCAGAGGCUUUGCUGCAAGCUACAAGUUUUCAGUGCCUCAAUCUAUCAGGUCAUGUGAUUAGUGACUCAGCAGCUCAGACGAUGACCAGAAUAAUCCCCCGUUUACGAUCGCUCAAUUUGUCUCAUUGUUCAUGGUCAGCGGCUGCAGGGCUGCAGCUCGUCAAAGCACUGGGACACUGUGUCUGUCUGGAAACUCUUUGUCUGGACUCGGUACACCUGGAUGAAAACAGCAGGGCAUGUCUGGCACAAGUACUAAAGAAGAUCCACUCUAUACACAGUCUCAAGCUAAAUAAGGUCGCUGCAGUGGUGGGACCAUCCGAACAGAGCUGUGUGUUGGAUCUUCUAGCUGCUCUGGAAGAACUGACGCUGAUGGAGGAGAUAGAGUUGGACGGCUGGAGGAUGUCUGAUAAAGUAGAACAGCUGAUCAGGCACCUUCCUCUCUGGACGCAGCUCAGGAAGAUCAGACUUUCAAAGAACCUUGUCAGCGACGAAUCAGGAGACAAGCUGCUGGAGGCUCUGAGCGGCUGUCGUCAUCUGGAGGAGCUCUGUCUGAGUAGCAACCAUCUUGGUGACCUCACUGCUGCCAGAAUGGCUCUUGUUCUACCAUCGCUGACACACAUCAAGGUGUUGGAUAUUUCAGAGAACAGUAUUGGAAACAAAGGGUCAGUGAACCUGGCUCAAGCACUAAAGAACAUGAAGAAUCUCACCAAGCUUCAUUUGACCGCUGUCGGGACGUCUGAGCUUCGUGCUGUAGCUGCAAGUCUGGCUCGCUGUCCGCUCCUACAGGAUGUUGGUCUGGGAUGGAACAACUGUGGUGAUGACGUGGUGCUGGAGCUCGCCAGAGUUUUACCCUCCUGUCAGAAUCUGACCAGAAUAGA